CUGUUCUAUAUGAUACAAUAUGUGUAUAUCCACCCACGGUAUUAAAGUAAUUAGAUUACUGAGCUGCCUGACACGAAACCCUUCAGUGUUCAGUCGGACUUUGUUCAAGCCGUCAAUAUGGCAGAUGUUUCAGUAGUCGAUUCAGUGGUAGCAAAAACCGGUGGGUACAAAUACGAAGAUGGUACCCGGUACGUUGGCGAAUGGAACUCCAAGGGACAGAAGAGCGGGAUGGGACACCUUAUGUUGCCUGAUGGUACCAGAUACGAUGGGUCUAUGUCGGCCGGACUAUGUUCCGGGCUUGGAGUUAUGGCGUUUCCUGACGGAGCUAAAUAUGAAGGUGAAUUUAUGCAGGGCUGGUUCCAUGGGCAUGGUGUGUUCUGGCGAGCUGAUGGAAUGAAGUUCGAGGGGGAGUUCCGGGGUGGACGCGUAUGGGGAUUAGGUCUGGUAACCUUCAACGAUGGCAGCAAUGGGUUCCCCCGUAACGAGGGAUACUUCCAGGACUGCAAGAUGGUCCGCCGCAAACGCUGCCCCGAGGUGGUCCAGCGGUCUCAGAAGGUGGCUUACAUGGCACGCGCACAGUGCCAGCAAAUGUAGAAGCAACCCUCGAUUUCCAUUUAUAAAUAAAUAAUAAUGUAUUAUAUCGACGAUAAAAUAAAAUAAAGAAGUAACUUAAGUCAAUCAUAACACUGUGUACAAGCCAACAUCUUCACCAGUCCACUGGUGUGCA